AUGAACCGCGACGAUGCCGACGCCGCCCUAGGCGUCGGCGCCCGUCGCGAAAGGUCGGGACAGGGAAGUGAGUACACAUCGCGACCCCACUCUGCCAAUGUGAUGUAUGGCCUGGCAGUGUACCCCGUCAUGCUGCAUGCCGGGCAGUACAAUCCUACACCGCGCAAGAACCGAAAGAAGGCCGACUGGAACAAUGGACCAGUCCCAGAGCCCUACCUCGCUCUCGCGCCGCCGCCGAUGGCGAGUUCGGCGCCAGAUCCUGUCCCAGGCGCUGGCGGCCUCAUCCUCCCCUCCGACUAUGUGCGAUCCAUCAAGACACCGCGUCCCACGAGCGGGUACGGUGCCAACCUCCUCUCUCCGCCAAGCAUCAUGCCAGGCGGUAGCAGCAGCGGUGGUGGUGGCAGUGACCGAGGCAACGGCGGUCGUCCACAAACGUGGUCGCCGUCGCCCGCUGCCGCACAAGGGAGAGGAGGUUACGCCGCAAACCUCCUCUCCCCACCAUCCAUCAUGCCUGGGGGCAAUCCAUCGCCGCCCCUUGUGCAGCAUGUCGGGCCUUCGCGCCCACCCCUCGUCCUCCACGGGGGGCGUAGCUCAAACAACAUCCGCACUCUCGGGCAAAUGGACGGCAGCUCGACGUCGCUGGGACGCCCCUCCUCACCCAACCCUCCGUCGCGCCGGAGGCCCCGCCGAGUCGUGCACAAUGUCGUUCUCUCGCGCCAGCCGACCGUCUCCUCUCGAGAAGAAGGACGUGCUCUCGGCCUCGCACGCGGAGCAAGCAUGCGCCGAACAAAUGUCUGGGACGAUCUACCAGAGUCCAACGACCCUUUGCCGCCAUUCCCCUUUCCGACAGCGAGCAACUCGCGACUUCCUCCAACAUUCUCCCCCCUACAGGAGACGGAGGAGGAGUAUGCAGCACCGUCGGGGGGAUACCUUCCUCCAUAUGUCGGUGAUCCAACGUCAGGUUCCAGCGGCAACAACGAACGCCCGCGCUCGCCACCACCAUCAUUCGACGCUGCGGUGGGUUCAAGCCUGCCUGUACCUGGUCAACGCGGCGCUUCGCACUCUGGAACUCCCAGCGUUGACGGCUCGUACGCCUCGCAUGACGAGACUGACGACGACGACGAAGACGAGCGCGAGGACCGACGGAUGUGGAAUGCCGACCUCCUUGCUGGUUAUUCUCUCGUGGAUAGAGUACGACGUGAGGCCGCACGGCGAGCCGACCGGCUACUCCGUUUACGCUCUGGAAACACCCCGGACCCCGUCCCCGUGCCGCGGCCACAUAACGAGACACGACCGCGACGAGAGACCGAAGUAGAGGCCGACAUUCGGCGAGCGGCCGAGGCUGCAUCGGCCCAGGCCCAUGCUGCCGAGGCUGCCGCUCAACGAGCUGAAGCUGCUGCCACUGCACGGCGUGCCGAGGCCGAGGCUUCUGCCACGGAAUCCGCUUUGGCGGUUAGUCGACGAACGGAGGUCGAAUCGGCCGUCGAAGAGGUCAGUGGUGGCAGGAAGAUGCCCAAGGACGAGCUCGAGACGGCUGUCCGCGAGGCAAUUGAAGUCCUCGGUACCGGACGCGCAAGCAAGGAGCAGAUCCUUCAAGCAGCAAGGGACGCUCUAGCGGCCAAGGCGGACAAGGCGAAGCGCGACAAGGAGACUGUUCAGCGCACCAGCCCGGCAGUGUUUGUCGAGACGUCUGGGCCAAAGGUCCUCACCCGGCCCGAAGAGCCCGGUGUGUUCUACCGUCUCGUGCAGAAGAAGGACCCCAAGCGUCCCAAGACUCCGAACACGCCGCACCAGAGGCAGGACGCCCUUCAACCUUCCACUGGCAGCACGCCACCACGACCGGCAUCGGCGGCAGCACGGGCAGACCCCAAUCGAGUGAACGCGGUCGAUACGAGCGAGCUGGACGAUAGACCCGGUUUCUUGUCCAACUCGCUACCUCGCAAUCGCCCUCGUAGCCACAGCAGCAGUGUCACAGACCGUGACCUGAGGCAGACCCUCCACGACUCGUCUGUCCCGGAUGUCCCUGUCAUUCCCGACUCGUUGAAACGUCAAAAUCGCAACUCGACAUCCACCUUCUCGGCCUUGACGAACAACAGUUCAACGACGAGUUUGGCCCAGUCUCAAGUAUAUGAGACCGGUCGUGAUCGCUCCAGCAGUGACGCUGCUGCAGCUCAGACCAAGAGGGAGAUCAUCGCCGCUCUUGAGAAUGAAUCUGCAAAGCCUAAACUAGCGCCACUUUCCAAACCUGUCGUUUUCUCCAACCGCGCCUCCGGAGAUGCGCUCGUGACCCGUGCAGAGGAGCCCGGCGUCCUUUACCGUCUAGUCACCAAUGAGGAUGGGAAGCGGAAGAAGACUACACCGGAGAUUGGCAGGGGGCCGAGACCGCAAUCGCUCCAACAAGGGACUGCACCACAGCGGCCUGUCCCCACGUCUGCAAACACCGAUCCGAGCCCGGUCACCAGCGAGCGUUCCGGUUCCGACUUUCGAACCUAUCGCCCACAAAGCGCUCAGCACGUCCCUGGUGUUACACCUCGGUUGCGCGAGUCCGUGGCAUCGUUUGAGAGUGGCUCCCAUGGAUCACUGGCUGCUGUGUCUCCGGCUGGCCCACCACCGCUCCCGCCUCGCCCACCCGCGUCAUAUGUGGCCGAAUACAAGGACGACGUUGCUUCGUUGCUGUCGGAGACACCCGACGACGCACAAACUCCUCGUUCACUGCGGAUCAGAGGUGCACGUCGUGUAUCAGGCCCUGACUCGCCGACUUCGCAACCUACGAGCGGACGUACCUCGCGCGCGUCCAUGCAGCUGCCUUUUGUUAUGGAGAGUGACAGUUCAAUGUCCUCUGAACAGUUGAGACGACAUCAUGACGCCGGUGGACCCCCACCAACCCCGCACCGCUCCAUGACGACGCCGGCGACACCGAGCGUGACGACGGUACCGCCCCUGCCUUCAGCCCCCGCCCCAGGUGGCCACCGUCACAGCGCCGCCGAAGGUAUGGGGGGCUGGGUGCCCAUUUCAAGCUCCCCAAAUGCGGUUACCAUGCCCAUUCCGUCGGUUGGGACCCAGCAAUAUCCAGGCUAUCGUCGCACGACCUCGAACGCCUCGAUCACGUCCAUGGCCUCGAUCACGUCUGUGGCAUCGGUGGCCAAGACACCUGCCACAAUGUCCCCGCCACACUCAAACUUGCCGCCAAUCUUUCCUGGUCAGCCUCUAAUGCAGUCACCACCACAGUCCGGCUCGUCGCUUCCAUUCGGCUCUCCGCAUGCGCUCCCAACUGCUUUGCCCACUCCGCAUCCCUAUCGGCCGCAGCAUUCACCGCCCAGUCAACAUGCGUCGGCGCAGCAUCAUCAGCCCAUACCACCGGUCCAUCAGUCGCCACCUGGGCCAUCGCGGACCUUGCAGCCGCUCUUUCACAAUCUGCCGUCCCCGCGCGCUCCGCCACCGCGUAUCAAGGACCAGCUGAUGACGAUUGAGGAUACGUCACCGACUGAAGCGACCGUCCGUCAACCUAGCCCCAGCCGUGAGGCGGCGAUGAAGCGGCGAGAGCUUGUACCUCAACUGGCCACCACCUCGUCGCCGCGCUGGUCAGUGCCGGGUGGCCACCAGCAACAGCAACAGCAACAGCAGCAGCAGCAGCAACACCCAGGACAGAUGCGACAGACAAGUAGUGGAAGCAUUACCACGACUGGUCCUCUGAUCGAUCUGCGGCCUUCGCCGCCUGACCCGCGCCGCAUGUCCCGACCCCCAGAGGUCUCCCCCGACAUUGUGCCUCUCGCGACCCCGUCGAGCACGCUGCUCAACCUCCUCGAGUCCGAUGGGGAUGCGAUUUCGGGCGAAUCGAGUGCACAUGCGGCCGCGAGGGCAGCUACCCAGCAGCGCUUCCAUGCCGAGAUUGAGCAGCAAAAGGAGAUUGAGGCUCAAAUCGCCAGUGGCCGCGCAUCUGCCAUGGGUAUUGUGACAGAGGGCCAGCCAAGUUCCAACAAGGAGGCGCCCAUCCCCCCUCCAUCCCGCAGAUCCAUCAUCGGUUUCCCUGGCGCCACUCCAAACCUGUCAUGGAGCGAGCAGUCAAACCACCCACCAAGUGACCAGUCGAACCGUCCGCUCAGCAUGCAGUCGAACCGCCCGCUCAGCGUGUAUUCUGGACCACCUCCUGGCUCACGCCCUGCAGAGUACCCCGGUACGACCCCACACUUGAUCAUGCCAGUGUCCCACGCACCGACGCCCACGUCUCCCACAAAGCGACGUGCACCUCCACCUCCACCACCCCGUCAGCUGCCUCACCGUACACAAUACGACCCUAGAACGCACUCACCAUUACCCCCUGGCGCAAUGGAAGCCUUCCGACCGCCAUCCCCACAUACACUUGACCCCCAAACUACCAAUCCGGCAUAUGGAGCGCCAAACCCUUAUGCCCCACAACCAGCUGGUCAUUCCGGAUACCCUACGUCAGCUCCUCAUCCUCCACCUCGCCGUCCGCCCAUUCCCGGUGGCAACCAGGUUCCAGCCGCCCUCCCAUCACCGGAUAUGACACAGUACCGUAUUCUGGUUGAUUCGCAAGACGCGUCUACAGUGAACCGCCGUGAACCACCGCCAGUGCCCCCUCCUCGUAACAGCGCGUUCCGCUUAAGCGUGGAUGCCGCCCAGGUGACUGGACACCCAUACUUGACGGCGCCGCGGCGUCGCACCCUCCAGGACGGCCAGUCGUUGUCAUCAUCGACCAGCUCGCUGGUAGACCUGAGCGACCCACCGACCGCCACACCGUCGCCCUCGACUGGGUUCAAUUCACCGGCUCUGCAGACUGCUGCUGGUGGCCGCGGUCUUCCACGCCCUCCUGGUAUACGCGGUCCUCGCGCGCUUCCCCCGAUUCCUGGAUCCAAUCGCGCUUCCCUCGGUGCCUCGAACGGUGUCUCACCAGACCAAAGCACCGCAAACAGCCCUUUGAGCGCCCUGGGAGGUGGUAGCCGGGUGCCAAGUGACCACCGUCCGCCGCCACAACCGCAUACCAACCCGCGGGGCAUGUCCGGCCCAGAAGUGACCGACUUGGACAUCUUCGUCUCGCGACUGGAGGGCAGCGGCCGUGAAUACGAGUUCCUCGGUCCGGCCAAGGACCCCGGCGCGACCAAGGAGGCCAUGGAGACGCUCAUUGCUGCGCCGGUACUCGUCGACAGCAAGCGCACAAACUCGCAGGGCAAAGUAAAGCUCAAGCUCUCGGUCCUCGGCGUGCGCGUCUCCAACUGUCCCAUCUGCCUGUCCCAGUUCCGCGGCACCGACCUGGCGGUGCUGUUGCCCCGCUGUGGCCAUGUGGCGCACGAGACAUGCGCAAAGCGCUGGUUCAAGGAAGGCAAUACCUGUAUGGUUUGUCGCGAGCCGUUGAUAGAGGCGGAUGACGACCACGACAUCAACUGA